AGAUCAUCAACUUGAAGCCUUCCCCAACAAAGUCAACUUGAAGCCUUCCCCAACAAAGUCGGCUUCCUUUCCAUUUGAAGUCCUCGAGAACCUCUGCACAGAAACAGCAACGUCUUUAGCUGUUGCCAUGGAUUCUUGGUUCCUCCUCCUCAUCCUCUCCCUCGGCAUCGCCGCACUUUUCAAGGCCAUCCCCGGGCUCAUGUCCUCGCCGUUGCGCCAGAACCGGAAACUUCCCCCGGGCCCUCUGGGCCUUCCCUUCAUCAGCGACUUCUUUUGGGUCCGGAAAUCCUUGGCUGAUCUCGAGCCCAUCCUCCGCGCUCUCCAUGCCAAGCAUGGCCCCGUGGUGGCCCUCCACCAGGGUGGCUCCCCCGCCAUCUUCGUAGCCUCCCAUGCGCUGGCCCACCAUGCCCUCGUGCAGAGUGGCGCCACGUUUGCCGACCGCCCACCAACCGGGAGCGUUGAGACGAUGUUGACAUCCAACCAGAGGAAGAUAAACUCCGCCCGUUAUGGCCCCAUGUGGCGGCUCCUCCGCCGGAACCUAACGGCAGAGAUACUCCACCCCACACGGGUGAGGUCAUACUCCCCUACAAGGGAGCGUGUCCUGGAGAUCCUACUGGAAAGGCUAAGGGCGGAUGAACAGGAUCGGCCGGUGGUACACUUCCAGUAUGCGAUGUUCUGUUUGCUGGUUCUCAUGUGCUUCGGGGACGGGCUCAAGGAGCGGCAGAUCAGGGAAGUGGAAGAGGUGCAGAGAGGGAUGCUGCUGAACUUGGGGCGGUUCGAGAUCCUCAAUAUGUGGCCGAGGCUGGGGAAAGUUCUGUUCCGGCGGCGAUGGGAGGAAUUUUAUAGGAUCCGGCACAACCAAGAGGACGUGCUUCUACCACUCAUCAGGGCUCGCUCGGAAGCAAGGACUAAAGCCAAGGAGGCAGCACAAGACAAGGACAAUGGUGAUCGUGUGAUAUGUUAUGUGGACACUUUGCUCGACUUGGAACUGCCGGAGGAGAAGAGGAAGCUUAAGGAAGACGAAAUUCUUCACCUUUGCUCUGAGUUCCUCAAUGGCGGGACUGACACCACCUACACUGCGCUCCAGUGGAUCAUGGCCAACAUUGUCAAGUACCCUGCAGUCCAGGAUACCCUGUAUGAUGAGAUCAGGGCCGUGAUUGGCCCCGGGGCAGUGUUGGUGGAGGAGGAGGACCUGCAAAGGCUGCCAUACCUGAAGGCAGUGGUGCUUGAGGGACUGAGGCGGCACCCGCCCGCUCACUUUGUGCUGCCACAUGCUGUGACUGAGGACACCGAGCUUGGCGGAUACCUGGUCCCAAGGAAAGGGACGGUGAAUUUCAUGGUGGCAGAGAUGGGCUGGGACCCAAAGGUGUGGGAGGAUCCCUUGGCCUUCCGCCCCGAGAGGUUCUUGAGUAACAGCCCUGAAAGCGGAGGUGGAGUUGAAGGGUUCGACAUAACUGGGAGCAGGGAGAUUAGGAUGAUGCCAUUCGGAGCAGGGCGGAGGAUGUGCCCUGGAUACGCCCUGGCUUUGCUACAUUUGGAAUACUUCGUGGGGAACUUGGUGUCGGCGUUUGAGUGGAAGCCUGUGGAGGGGGAUGGGGUUGACUUGUCAGAGAAGCAGGAGUUCACCGUCGUUAUGAAGAACCCCUUAGAGGCCAUUCUUAUUCCGAGAUCGAAGUAACGGAAGAAAAGACGAUGAUAAUUUCAUGGUAUGCUGCACCUGUGCUAUGUGAAAAUCAUAAGACUGCAACUAUCCCACCUUAUUUUUGUGUAUAUUAUGAAGCAUGAUAGUUUGGUUAAAUUUGUCUUUAACCAAGAAACUUCAAGAAAGCUUCAGUCUCCAUGUAACUCAGGCCAAGCGAGGAAUGGAUGGUCGAUAAUGUAAGAAGUCGUGCACUCAAAUACGAAUCGAGCAGCAAUAUGACUGACGCAUGUUCGGCUCUAGUUCUUGAUAUUUCUUCACAAGUCA